AUGAAGAUUAUCCACAAUGAUGGAUUCUCAAAAGAUGAACUUCUUGCUUUUAGGCCAGCAGUUCUGGAUAAUUUAUUAAAUUCAAUGAAGUAUGUCCUUACCGGUAUGGGGCUUUUGCGGGUCAAAUUAGAAGAUCCAAGAAACAGGAUCAAUGCUCAGACAGUUUUGUCAUGUACGUGUUGUAUGGAUGAAAGCCAAACAAUGUUGAAGUAUGUCUGGGAUGCAUUACGAUCUCUAUGGAGAGACAAGGGAGUUCGAAAUGCCGUCUCUAAAGGCUAUGAAUAUGAAUUGAAUGAUUCAGCUAUUUACUAUUUUGAAAACAUGGAAAGAAUUUGCUCUUCAAAGUACAUCCCAAAUGCAACAGAUGUCCUUCGGGCUCGAGUCAGAACGACUGGCAUUAUAGAAACCUGUUUCCGAAUUAAUCAUGUCAUAUUUCGAAUGUUUGAUGUGGGAGGCCAAAGAUCUGAAAGAAGAAAAUGGAUUCAGUGUUUUGAUGACGUCCGAGCAGUAUUGUUUGUGGUUGCACUUAGUUCCUAUGAUAUGUGUUUAUAUGAAGAUCCAAAUGUGAACCGAUUACAAGAAAGUUUCUUUUUGUUCUCUCUCUCUCUCUCUGUCUUUUUGUCUUCCUCUUACUUUCUCUUUCUUUCUUGUUUUUUUUUUCUUUGUUUUUUCCUUUUUUUCCUUGUUUUUUUUUCCUUUUUUGUUUUUUGUUUUUUCUUUGUUUUUUCCUUUUGUUUUUUUCUUUUUUUCUCCUUUUGUUUUUUUCUUUCUUACUCUCUUUCUUCCGCUUUCUUUCUUUCUUUCUUUUUCUUCCUCUCUUUCCUUCUCUUUCUUUUACUUCCUCUCUUUCCUUCUCUUUCUUUUACUUCCUCUCUUUCCUUCUCUUUCUUUUACUUCCUCUCUUUCCUUCUCUUUCUUUUACUUCCUCUCUUUCCUUCUCUUUCUUUUACUUCCUCUCUUUCCUUCUCUUUCUUUUACUUCCUCUCUUUCCUUCUCUUUCUUUUACUUCCUCUCUUUCCUUCUCUUUCUUUUUCUUUCCAUCCAUUGAUUGAUUUCUUUCUAUUCUCUCUUUCUUCACGUUUUUCUUUGUUUCUUUCUCUCUAUUUUUAUUUAUUCAAAGAUAAAAUCCUUCACUCCCAACGACAUCUCUGCCAGUUUUUUCCUAGUUACCCUGGCAAGAAAUAUGAUGUGGACACUGCUGCCCGCUUCAUCCAACACCUGUUCCAACUUCAGAACAACAACCCCACCAAAGUUAUCUACCCUCAUUUUACGACCGCCACAGACACAAUCCGUACUUAUCUUGCCUCCAUCCUCCCCCUCUCCCUAUAUAUACUUUCUUCUCCCCCUCUUUCUAUGCUUUUCUUCUCCCCCCAUGCUUUUCUCUUUCUCUGUACGCCCCUCUCCCUCCUCAUCCCCUCUCCUCCUCCCCUCCUCCUCAUCCCCCUCCCUCCUCAUCCCCUCCCAUCCCCCUCUCCUCCUCAUCCCUCUCCCUCCUCAUCCCCUCUCUCCCUCCUCAUCCCUCCCUCCUCAUCCCCUCCCUCCUCAUCCCCUCUCCCUCCUCAUCCCCUCUCCCUCCUCAUCCCCUCCCUCCUCCCCCUCCUCCCCCCUCCUCCUCCUCCCUCCUCCUCCCCUCUUCAACUCAAGAAUGACAAUCUUGUACAAAAAUUUCUAUUUCUUACACAUUUUGACGUGCUUUUUUUCAUUCUCUCUUUUCUGAUUUCUUUUCUUUCACCCACUUUGCUGUGCUCUUUUCCCUCUCUACUCUCUUUGAUAUAUGCUUUCCCUUCCUCUCUAUUUGAUGUGCUCUUUUCCUGCCCAUCUUUCUUUGGUGUGUUCUUUUCUCCUUCUUUUGCUGUGCUCUCUUUGAUGUGCUCUCUCCUCCCCUCUCUUUGGUAUAUGCUUUCCCUUUCUCUUUCUUUGAUGUGCUCUUUUCCCUCCCAUCUCUCUUUGGUGUGUUCUUUUUCUUCCUCUCUAUUUGAUGUGCUCUCCUCUCCUUUCUCUUUGGUGUGUCCUUUUCCUUCUGCUCUCUUUGGUUUGUCCUUUUCCCCUCCUUUUGCUGUGCUCUCUUUGAUGUGCUCUCCCCUCCCCUCUCUGGUAUAUAUUUUCCCUUUCUCUUUCUUUGGUGUGCUCUUUUCCACUCCUUUUGCUGUGCUUUUUUUUUCAGUGCGCUUUUCUUUCUUUCUUUCACUCAUUAUGCUGUCCCCCCCCCAUCUCUCUUUGGCGUGUUCUUUUCCUCCCUCUCUUUUUGAUGUACUCUUUUUUUUUCUUUCAAGUGCACUUUUCUUUUCUUUUUUUUCUUUCCCUCUUUGCUGUGCCCCCUUUUGCCUUCUCUCUCACAUGUAA